AUGUUCGGCGGACAAAAUCGCGCCGGUGGGUUCGGGACUGCCCAACCUGCUGGCGGAAGUCUCUUUGGAAGCAGCACAACUACCCCAUCUACUGGAUUCGGUGGCAACACAGCCACCGGAGGCGGAUUCGGCACUGGAGGUGGAUUUGGUAGCACCAAUACAGCCAACACCAGCGGAGGCCUUUUCGGUGCCAACAAGACUGGAGGGUUUGGAGCCACCAACACCGCUACCAGUGGCUUCGGCGGUGCUGCCACUGGAGGAUUCGGAGCCGGAGCAGGAGCCGCCAGCACUGGCUUUGGCGGUGGUGGUACUGCCUUUCAAGGGGCUCUGCCUACCUGUGAAGGUACUGCCGGCACUCCGUUCAACCCUUUUACCGAGAAGGAUACCAACACCUCGGCCACAAACCACUACCAGAGUAUCAGUUUCAUGCAGCCCUACAGCAAGUGGUCUUUUGAAGAACUGAGACUGGCGGAUUAUCAGCAAGGUCGUCGUCACGGGAACAACACCGGCCAGGCUGGAUCUUUUGGUACCUCGACCUUUGGUGGCAACACUGGUGGUGGGUUUGGGACAAACACCGGUACCGGCUUUGGUGGUAGUACUUCUGCGCCAUUCGGUGGCGGCACAUCGACUGGUUUCGGGAGAAACACACAGACUGCUGGUGGCUUUGGCUCUACCCCUGCCAGUAACACCAACCCGCUGUUUGGCGGCGCCAAGCCUGCCGGAACCUCGUUAUUUGGAAAUUCUGGAAACACGACCAAUACCACGGGAGGCUCCCUCUUCGGUAGUAACACCGGAACGACUGGUGGCUUUGGAGCCAAUAACACUGCGGGAACCACCACCGGCGGUGCUUUCGGCAACACCGGUGGUGGUCUGUUCGGCAGUAACAACCAGCAACAGGCCAAGCCAUUUGGCGCCACUGGAACUGGAACCGGUUCUACUUUUGGCGGAUUCGGUGGCUCUCAGCCCACUACUUCUGCCACACCAUUCGGCAGCACCCCGGCUACAGCUACACCCUUCGGCGGCCAGCAGAACCAAACUGGAAGUGCCUUCGGCGGUGGUUUUGGCACUCAGAACCAAACCCAGAACCAGGCGAAGCCCGGUGGAUUGUUUGGCAACACUGGCGGUGGUUUUGGUGCCAACAAUAACACUCAGCAGCAGACCGGUGGUGGUUUGUUCGGCGGUGGUCAAACCCAGGCUGCUGGCACCGGCGGUGGCCUGUUCGGUAACACGCAAAACCAGCCUGCACAGCAGAGUGGCGGUGGUUUGUUCGGUGGUGGUCAAACCCAGGCUUUGAAUUCUGGCGGAGGCUUGUUCGGUGGUUCGCAGAACCAACAACAGCAAAAGCCUGGUGGUCUAUUUGGUGGUAGCACUGGUACCACUGGUGGCGCCUUCGGCGGCGGUUUUGGCAAUGCGGCAAACCAGCAGACCGCUGGUGCAACCGGUGGUCUGUUCGGCGGCUCUCAGAACAACCAACAACAAAAGCCUGGUGGUCUCUUUGGAUCGACUGGUACUGGUGGCGGUCUCUUUGGCAAUACCCAGGGUGCAGCUGCCCCGGGCGGAGGGUCCUCGCUCUUCGGCGGUGGUCAGUCUCAGCAGCAGCAGUCCGCCGGUAACAGCUUGUUCGGUGCUUCCCAGCCUCAGCAGCAGUCCCAACCAGUCCCGGGAAGCUUGAACGCAUCCCUACUUGAGGGCAAUCCGUAUGGUAGCCAGUCUAUCUUCUCGGGUCUUCCGACCCCGAGUGCGCCGUCCCCUGGUCCCUUGGCCACUCCUCUAUCUUCGACCAUGAAGCAAAAGCAGCGCACCCCACUGCCUGUAUACAAGAUUACUCCCCACUGCUGCCAACCGUCUCAUCACCCCUCCCAAGCGCCAGGAUACGGGUUCUCCUACUCGACCUAUGGCUCGCCUUCCAGCACCACCAGCACCCCCUCUGGGCUUAGCAACAGUCUUCUGGGUAGUGGCAGCCUCCGUGGAAGCGUCAAUGGCAGCUUUGGCCGUAGUUUCAGCAAAAGUUUCUCAACCAGCAACCUUCGCAAGACAUUCGACCCGGAUUCGGAUAGUAUCCUGGCUCCUGGAGCCAUGCAGAAUGGCAGCGGACGUAGCAAUGCUGGUAGCCUGAAGCGCCUUACUAUUGAUCGCAGCCUUCGCAACGAUCUUUUCAGUCGCCCGGCCAGUACAUCGCCUGCUAGGAUCACUAAUGGGGAUGAUUCUGCCCAAGCCGACAAGCUCAAGAAGAAGGUCAGCUUCGACUCUACCUCCGCUGCCCCGGUCACCUCCAGCAAUGAGAUUGUUCGUGUUGAAUCUAAGAGCCCCGAGCCUACCCCUGAGGAGCUUGGUUUCCUCCGUUCCACUCGUAAGAGUGGCAGCCUCAAUGGCAUUGAUGGCGUGGCCAGUCGGCCAGAAAUGGAAUCCAUUGGCCGUGAUCUGGCUGUUGUUCCCGAGAACGGUGUACCCAGUCCUACUAGCUCUAGUCUUGCACGCAUUUCGGUCACCUCCGGCGAGGACCCAAAGCCGGGCGACUACUGGAUGAAGCCCUCUCUCGAUGAGCUUAGCAAGAUGACCCGUGAGCAGCUGAAGCGCGUCGUGGACUUUACCGUCGGUCGUCAAAAUUGCGGUCAAGUCACUUUUAAUGGCGCCGUUGACCUUACUACUGUGGAUAUUGACAACAUCUUUGAUGAAAUCGUUGAUAUUGGCUUGAGGCGAAUUACAGUGUAUCCCGAGGAAAGCGUUAAGCCUCCCGUGGGUAAAGGAUUGAACGUUCCUUCUACUCUACGCAUCCAGAACUCCUGGCCCCGUGGUAGAAACCACACCGGGCCCAUUACCAGUGGUCCGCUAUACGAGAAGCACAUUCAGCGUCUACAGAAGGUCACUGAUACAAAGUUCAUUUCUUAUGAACGCGAGACUGGCACGUGGGUCUUUGAGGUUCCCCACUUUACCACCUAUGGACUUGAUUAUGAUUCCGAUGAAGAAGGUGAGAAACUUGACCAGAGCCACCUUGGUGCAGGCCCUGAUGAUACUCGCACUCCUAAGGCGCAGGCCGAUCACCCCGCGAGCUUCGAGCAGUCUGCGACGUUUUCCAUUGACGAAUCUUUCGUUGGAUCUAUGAUUGGCGUUGAGGACGAUACAUUUGAUUUCAAGAAGCGUAAGCUUGUUCCUGGUUCAUUCGGCCAGGCCAUGGAGGCGGAGGAUGAGGAGAUGGGUUCUGAGGGUGAGACCGAGUCUUUUUUAGAGGACGGCUCCACGGGUUCAGCUACUGAGCAUGACGACGACGUCACUGAAAGCCAGCGAUCUGGCGACUCGGUAGUUGGAUCUGAUGAGGAUGAGGAGAUGGACAUGGCGGGUUCCUUUCCAAACCUUCAUCGCACCGUGGAGCGGGAAGACAGCCAGAGCAUCGGCAGUGAUAUGGAUGUUACCCAGCCCAUCUCAAGGCCAUUUGGCACCCCCGGCAAGCCUCGUCUCAAUCUGAGUGGCGAUUGGACGGAGCAGCUACAACGCACUAUCAGCCCUCGCAAACAGAACCGUGAUCGCCUGCGUGAGAUCCAGGCGAAUGCUUUUACCGACAGGCCUCUUCUGAACGACGGAUCGCCCGAAGAAAAGUCGACGAGUUCGCCGAAGAAGUUCUCAACCAGUAUCGACUUGAUGAACUCUUUAUUCCAGCAGCCGCGGAAGCAGACUGCGCCCUCUCCGUUGAAGGCUACAAGAUCACAGCCUAAGGGCUUUGAGGUUCGCACCCCCUUCAUGCUUUUUACGUGA